GGCGGCGGGGGGCACCGUUCGCGUCGCCGGGCGGUGCCAGCUGGUGGCAAGGGGUCCGCAGGCCCCGCCCCGCCUGUGGUGAGCCCCCGGGGGGUGGGAGCUCUGUGUCCGUCCGUCCCACAUCGCUGUGACUUGUGCGCCCUGCUACCGAUGGGGGAGCGGGGGCGGCUCAGGGCGCUUUGCAAACCGCGCUCCCACGGCCGGGGCGGGGGGCACUGGCAGCCCGCGGCUCAGGGCGCGCCUCCCCGUCGCUGUGAGGCCGCUCCCUCGGCAGGCGGCGGGGCCUGGCUGUGAGAGCCGGUCUGCCCCGGCCUACUGCCGACUCCCCGCCGCGGGGAAGCCGUCGGGGCCUGUCGCCGGCAGAGCGGGCCUAGCCGGUAGGGCGGGUCUCGAGCGCCUGUCUCAGGCCCCGGCAGACUGAGUCCCGCAGCAGAGCGUAUCUCCUCCGCUUGUCUCGCCGCUCCCCAGCGGGUCAGCACGGCCAGGCGGCGGCCCUGCCCCUGUCCGGUCUCCCCGGCAGCGAGCCGCCCCUGCCGGCUCAGUGAAAGCCGCCGCAAGGGGCAGCGUUAGCUCUGCCCGCGGGAGCGCGUCUCCUGCCCACCUAGCGCUGUCGGCACCGGCACGUCGGUGGCUCAGGGGCUGCUCUCUGCACCCCCCGGACUGGCAAACGUUUGACCGACAGAAGGAGCGAGUGGAGACCAAGCCAAGGGGAAAAGUCGGUCUAAGCUAGGCAAUAUGAGUUACGUGAAGAGCGUAUCCACCUCGCUUAGAUCUCCUGACUGCAGGGUGGAUGGGAGAUGCUCUCCUGCCCACUCUUCUGGGUCCGGUCGAGUGGAGGGGAGAGCGAUCAGCAGCUGACUUAGCAGAUCUUCACUCGCCCCACUAAAUCGACCUCCGAGGCACCGAUCGCCUCCAGUAAGGCUCCCUGAAGCCAACCCUGUAAGCCGUGUCGUCAGUCGCCCCUCCCUCCGUCAGAGCAACGGCAGACAAUCGUUCCGCGCCUUUUUUCUGUGCGGACGCCAUACCAAGGCAAGCAUGGAGGCCGCUCAGCUCACUUUGGCAAUUAGGAGCACAUUAAACACCACACGCAUUAUCCAGCAGUAUAUGCAGCACCAGAAUCUGACAAAGCGAAACCGGGCGAGGAGGCGACGUCAGCGCGGUCACAUGAGUGAUCAGGACAUGGACACAGAUUUCUCUGAAAGCAUGGGCCCUGCCAAUGCAUGCAUCAUGGUGCUAAUGGGGCAGGUUCAUGCUGUGGAACGCCGAUUCUGGGCUCGGGAAACAAGCACAGACUGGUGGGACCGCAUAGUGUUGCAGGUCUGGGACGAUUCCCAGUGGCUGCGAAACUUUCGCAUGCGUAAGGGCACUUUCAUGGAACUUUGUGACUUGCUUUCCCCUGCCCUGAGGCGCAUGAAUACCAAGAUGAGAGCAGCCCUCACAGUUGAGAAGCGAGUGGCGAUAGCCCUGUGGAAGCUUGCAACGCCAGACAGCUACUGGUCAGUUGGGAAUCAAUUUGGAGUGGGCAAAUCUACUGUGGGGGCUGCUGUGAUGCAAGUAGCCCACGCAAUCAAAGAUCUGCUGAUAUCAAGAGUAGUGACCCUGGGAAAUGUGCAGGUCAUAGUGGAUGGCUUUGCUGCAAUGGGAUUCCCUAACUGUGGUGGGGCUAUAGACGGAACCCAUAUCCCUAUCUUGGCACCGGAGCACCAAGCCGCCGAGUACAUAAACCGCAAGGGGUAUUUUUCGAUAGUGCUGCAAGCUCUGGUGGAUCGCAGGGGACGUUUCACCAACAUCAACGUGGGAUGGCCGGGAAAGGUGCAUGAUGCUCGCAUCUUCAGGAACUCUGGUCUGUUUCAAAAGCUGCAGGAAGGGACUUUAUUCCCAGACCAGAAAAUAACUGUUGGGGAUGUUGAAAUGCCUAUAUGUAUCCUUGGGGACCCAGCCUACCCCUUAAUGCCAUGGCUCAUGAAGCCGUACACAGGCAGCCUGGACAGUAGUCAGGAGCUGUUCAACUACAGGCUGAGCAAGUGCAGAAUGGUGGUAGAAUGUGCAUUUGGACGUUUAAAGGCGCGCUGGCGCAGUUUACUGACUCGCUUAGACCUCAGCGAAACCAAUAUUCCCACUGUUAUUACUGCUUGCUGUGUGCUCCACAAUAUCUGUGAGAGUAAGGGGGAGACGUUUAUGGCGGGGUAGGAGGUUGAGGCAAAUCGCCUGGCUGCUGGUUACGCGCAGCCAGACACCAGGGCGGUUAGAAGAGCACAGG